AUGCAGUCGAAUAAUUUAACUUCUGGUUCAAAAAUGUCCAAUAUUAGCACAAAUGGGUUUAGCACAGAAGAUGACAGUCGGUCCAGUCAUGACCAGGUGUGCUGUCUGAUCGACAACGGCGAUAAGUGUCAGAGACAAGCAGGCAAUGCCAGCUACAGCAAACGCAUACAGAACCAAGCACGCAAACUGAAGCUUACUCGGGAUGAAGUGAGUCCACAUAUCUACAUUUGUGACUACCACAAGACACAAAUCCAGAACAUCAGAACCAAGCGCAAGCGAAAGGACAGUGAAGAUGACCAGGGCUUUAACGAUGGGGCUGAAGAGAUAGUCGAGAUUGAUUUUUUCCAGAUGCCAGUGAACACUUUGAGAAGAUACAAGAGACAUUACAAACUACCAACCCGUCCUGGGUUGAGUAAGGCUCAACUAGCUGAUGCGGUUGCUAGUCAUUUCCGAACUAUUCCAGUCAUGGAGAAGGAGACGUUGCAGUUAUUCUUUUAUACAACCAAAACAAAACGAUCUGAAAAUAAGGAGUCAAGUUAG